GUAUAAGUGUUAAUAAUUAUCUUUAAGGCGAUUUUUUAAAUUAAUAGUAGAAAGUGUAAUUAGUAUAGUGUGUUUAUUUAUUUUAAAGAGAAAGAAUUGCAGCAAGAAACAUGUCAGACCGUUACCCUUUUACGGGUGACAGAGCCUUUACCCAUAACGGGACCAUGGUUUGGAACGAUCAAGUGGCUGUCCAGUCGUCUUUAGACUUCUCUCAUGUGUCAGAUUCUACAUUAACUGACAGCAUUAAUGAAAGCUACGCAACUGCCGUGGAAGAUAACGAGACACAAUAUCUAUCAGUCCUGGAGACAACCAACGAUAUCACUUUGGAAGAUUUACACAACUUAACGUUGGAGAACUCUAAAAUUGCACCACAGGAGAACUUACAGUUUGAAAAUAUGAGUCCGAUGGAGAGUUUAGAGACUAAUGAAAGUGAAAUGAACGAUCAACAAGUUAUAGUGUUUAGUGUAGAAGGUUCUGAUGACUUAUACGGAAUACAGUUUGCUCAGGACGAAGAGGGCAACAUGCAGAAAUACCAGUUCAAAUUCAGAACAACGGAGGAAGGUCAGUUAGAGGCCAUUCCCGAGUCAAUUCAGCUACUGGUGAAUGACAUCGAAACACAUGAAAAAGAUGUAGAAAGUGGAAGUCCAGUCCAAGAGCCUGUUAAUAACGAAGAAGCUGAAAUGACAGAGACUCAGGUUAUUUACCAGGAAGAGACUGAGGAUAUACAGGAAACACCCAUUUUUGAGGAACAAGAAGAGUUGUCCGAGGAGCAUAUCCAGGAAGAACAGUGCGGUAGUGUUCAGAUGUUUAUAAAGGGCGAGCCGGAACAUGAAGAGGAAAUCAGCCAUAGGCAAGUGUUUAUUGAUGGAGAAUCAAGGGAUGAGGAACUGGGGGAUGAGCAAGAGAUACAGUAUGAAGAAAAUGAAUCGGAUAUACAUUUAAGAGUAAACUUUGAAGAAGAGGAAAACGUUGAUGUUAAAACUGGCAUACUGGAAGAAAGUUCCACCGCCUCCAAUAUAAAGCAAGAAUUGUUCCAAGAAGAGAGUCUGGACGCUGGUGACCAAUCCCCUGAAGAAGAAGAGUACCACAUGUAUAAUCAGGUGGAUGUUAAACCUGUACCUUAUCAAGAGGACAACAAUGAGGAAGAGAUUCCCAUUUCCGACCAUGAAGUUGAAGAUAAUGUUGAGGUGGACAACGGCUAUGUGGACGUGGACGAGGCUCAAGAAACCGUCCUGGAAUAUGAGCAUUACGCUUCUGAGGAAAUUCAGCAUGUUUAUGAGGAAACGGACACGAGCGACAGUCAAGUUUUGCAGGAGGUUCCUCACAGGACCCACUUUAAACAGGUGUUUAUAAAGGAAGACGCUUUCGAGACAUUGUCGGAGGCGAAAAAAUCAGAUGUUCUCCAGGAGGAGGAAGAGGACCAGGAGCCGUACUAUGCGGAAACCGGAACAGAAAACGAUUCCGACAAUGACGAAUACCAGAUCGUGGAAGGGUUGCAUGUUACAGCGGAGGGCGACAUAGACCAGGACGCCGCCUGCCCUCCCUACCAAGAAUCGGACACCAUCCUCCAAGAAGUCGUGAAGAAACCUCCGGUCUUGGAACGCGCCAACAUACUCAAGCAGCCGUCUUUGGUCAAGGUCGCCAGAGAACUGAAGAACAAGAAAACCUUCAUCUACUACGUCGUACCCCAUGUAGAAAAAGAAAACGUCAAUUCCCUCUCGGUAAACUACGCGACGACCACAACGACUGCCCUAAGGCCCAUCCGGUCGAAUCCACGCAGCAUCCUCAAAAGCUCGUUCCCGGAGAUGAGGGAGGAGCCCGAGGUUAAGGCUCUGAUAGACGAGCGGUUCAACAAGAGAUUCGCGCGGAGCAAGGAGGCGGUCCAGGCGAGGUUGUUCAAUAAUUUCAUCAGUAAGACGACCAUACCGCACGCCCCGGUCAGGCAGACGAGGCUGCCCAGGAAGCAGCAGAUCAAGCCUGUGGAUAAUAGGAGGGAUGAGGAAAUCAUUGUGCAGGAGGUGAUGGUGGGGUCCAACGGGUUCAUCGAGAACGUUGAGGAGAAGCUCAAGAAUAAGGAUAAGUUGGAGGUGACACAGUACGUGAUAUUAACUGAUUCUGACGAGGACUACGAUCCCAAGAAAGUCAACAGGAAGAAGAAAAAGCACAAAAAACACAAAAAGGGCGGCGACAUGGACGACGCCGAAGAUUCGGAUGUCAGCAUCAUAGAAAUCCGGUCAGAUGAUGAAGAGACAACACACGACCAACAAGAGAGCCCCAAGAGAGGAAGGGGCAGGCCGAAAAAGUCCACAGACCCCGAUCCCAUGGACAGCACAAAGAGGAGGCGAGGCCGACCGCCUAAAUCCAGUUACAGUCACAGCGACACGGAAGAGUCGCCUCAGAAGAAGAGCCGAACGGAAUCGGACGAGAUCGAGAGUGACACGACGAAGAAGGAGUUUAAAUGUCCCCAUUGUAUAAAGACCUUCCCCAGCCAGAACAGCCUCAGCACCCACUUGCAUCACCACAGCCUUGAGAACAGACUGAGGAACAGCCAGGCGAAUAAAGCCGCUGCCAAAAAUGCCAUCACCAACUUAGAGUACAAAUACAAAUGUGAGACUUGCCAGGCGUCGUUUAAGAACAGCGUCCUGCUGAAGCGCCACGAGUGUCCCAAGCAGACGAAGAAGCUGACUAAACGAAUUGAGUGUGGUAUGUGCAAGAGGAGUUUCCCUGAUUUAUCUGCCCUGAACGUCCACAAACGAUCCCAUGUGAAGGAGAAGAUGGUCAAUACCACGUCAGUGACAAAGGUUUCUCCGAAGAAAGUCCUACCCAGGCCCUCCACCAGCAGGCCCCGGUCCCCGAAGAGAACAACCUCCACGUCCAAGCUGACCUUCAAGUGCAAAGACUGCUCGCGAGUGUGUUUCUCCCAAGAAAGCCUCGAUCUGCACGAGAAGACUCACAGGAAGUUCACAUGCGCCACUUGCGGCGCUACCUUCUCCUCCCGGUUGCUCCUCGACACGCACGUCAGGGUGAGUUGCGUCAAGGCCUCGCCCCAGGUCAACAAGCGUCUCUCCUUCAAGAUAAAGAAAUCGUUUGUGCAUUCGCCCAGGCGGAGGUCGAUACGGUACUCGAGGAAGAGCCUGGUGCCCAACAACAAUCUCAACGUCUCCUCCAGGCCGGUACUGAACAACAGCCUGGCCUUGAAGCUGGAGUGCGAGCAGUGCGGGGAGAAAUUCACGAUGUUCGAGGAUUGCUUCAACCAUAAGGUCAAGAUGCACGGUCUGGAAACCCCAGACAAGAGCAUAUUGAUGGAGGAGAAGAAAUGUUUGCACAAACCGAAAUCCUUGCACGGCGGCAUCCCCGCCCGCGACGGAAUGAGGAAAGUGUUUUCGGACAUGAGGAGUAAAUUUGCCCUUAUAACACCUAAAAAAAAUUCCGGCUAGUUGUACAAAGCACUUAGUUUUAGUGUGUGCGUGACUGGACAUGAUUUGUACAUACGAAUUUUAUCUGCUGUGCAGAAGCUGAUUGUAUUUAGCAGAUUUGUAUAUGACCCUGAAUAUAGUUAAUUUAUCAGUUUCGACGAUGAUAUUUUUUAACGGUUUUGUAAAUUUAUUGCCCCGAGUAAAUAUUAUUCUAA